AAGUGAACCAUAGUAAUCUGUCAUGUAUUAUCUAAGUAGUCUGUGUAAUCUGUGCAGUGAACUGAAGAUAGCAGAACACAGCUGAUUUAUUGGAUUUUUCAGUCUGUUUGGGUUUGUGAGACGGAAUUUUAAUUUUCAAACAAAGAAUAAUCAUUUAGCCAAAAGAAAGUUACAAUGGAUGUGGUGGGUCUUUUAAAUAAUAUUAAUGAAAAAUCAGAUAUGUUUGCUGUAAAAACUUGGACUUCCGAAUGGUCAAACAGUUUUCAAGAUAACCAGUUACUAUAUUCGUUUUGCGGGUGCUUGCUGGUGUCUUUAUUAGUAGUAUUCUUCUAUUACUACAGGAGAUGGCGAUCAAAAGAACUGGCGGGAGGUUUAGUCACAGGCGCCUCAAACGAACCAGCAAAAAGGUUCAGAAAAAGAGACAAAAUGUUGUUCUAUGGGCGAAGAAUGCUUCGAAAAGUCAAAUCUAUCUCAAAUUCCGGUCAGGGCAGAAAGAGACGAGCGGUGAUGAGAUUCGCCAGAAAAUUGCUGCAAUUGAAAAAGGAGUCUGCGCCUGAGCAACUUAAGGUGCUGGAACCUCCCGCUGAAUACUUGGAAGAGGAUCUCACAAGCGAUGACCGAGUGCCUCCGGACGCUCUGUACAUGCUGCACAGCAUCAGGGUGUUCGGCCACUUCGAGAAGCCGGUGUUCCUGAUGCUGUGCAAGCAUACAGAGAUCCUGAACCUAGCAGCUGGCUCGUUCUUGUUCAAAGUCGGUGACACUGACGAGAACGUAUACGUGGUGCAAAACGGUCGCGUUAAUGUAUACAUCACCAACCAGGACGGCAGCAGCCUGUCCCUGAAGAUAGUGCGCGCCGGGGAAAGCGUGACGUCACUGCUCAGCUUCACCGAUGUGCUCACGGGACACUCUCAACCGUACAAGACUGUGAACGCCAAAGCUUUAGAAGACUCUCAAGUGAUAAAACUGCCGAUGAGAGCGUUCCAAGAGGUGUUCAAGGAAUACCCUGACAUAUUUGUUAGAGUAAUACAGAUCAUUAUGGUGCGCUUACAAAGGGUCACGUUUACAGCUCUCCAUCAAUAUCUCGGUUUAAGUGCUGAGUUAGUGAAUCCGGGUCGCGACAAACGUCGUCCGACGACGGUGGCGUCGUCCCCGUGCCGGCCGGGCCGCGUGUCCGUGCCGGACAACGUGCAUUCCCCGCAUCACACGGAACGGACGAUGUCUGAACAUGGGCAUGCGCAGGAGACGAGCCACGCUGCCUCCUCUCCCAUUCACAUACAAGGACGCAGGCCCAGACCAGACAUGGUGCCUGAUAUCACAUCUAACACACCACAGCAGCAACCGGACGUCCAACCUACUCCGCCGCUCCAGAGAAGCAAAGAAGGAUCCUCGUUUAAGAAACACAACACUGAUAACCUCGACGAACAGGCCCUCAUCCAAAUAGCGACAGAAGCUUUCGUGAAAGAACUGGGCUUGGAAAGCGACCACGUGCUUCGUGGAAACGUGCAAGUUAGGGAUUUACCCACAGGCACUUACAUUAUGAAAGAAGAAAGCCACAAGGAUGUAGCUUUGGUGUAUCUGCUUUCUGGGGCGCUGUUGGUUUCUCAACGUGUGGCCGAAGGCGAAGGGGAAGUCCAUAUGUUCACAGCUUAUCCAGGCGAAGUGGAAGGCGGUUUAGCAGUGUUGACAGGCGAGCCGAGUUUCUUCUCUAUCCGCGCGAAGCAUUUCUCCCGCAUAGGACUUUUGUCCAAGACCACCGUAUACAGCAUCAUGAGGGAGAGACCCUCGGUGGUGCUUCACAUCGCCAACACCGUAGUGAAGAGACUGUCGCCCUUCGUCAGACAAGUGGACUUCGCCCUGGAUUGGGUGUUUCUCGAAUCCGGUCGAGCGGUGUACAGACAAGACGAAGAAUCCGGCUCCACCUUCAUAGUGCUCAGUGGCCGGUUGCGUUCAGUCAUAACUCAUCCUAACGGCAAGAAGGAAUUGGUUGGGGAAUACGGCAAGGGAGAUUUGGUUGGCAUUGUGGAAAUGGUGACUCAAACUCGUCGCAGCACAACAGUGAUGGCGGUGCGUGACUCUGAGUUAGCGAAAUUGCCCGAAGGAUUGUUCAACGCGAUCAAGCUUCGGUUCCCGGUUGUGGUCACCAGACUCAUCAAUCUGCUGGGACAUAGGAUAUUAGGUUCCUGGCAGAAGCCAACAGCCGGCUUAGGGGCGGCGGCCAUUGACCCGCGUCCUUCUCAACAUAAUUUCUCCACCGUGGCCGUAGUUCCAGUCAGCGACGAUGUGCCUCUCACUGCCUUCACCUACGAGCUGUACCACUCGCUGUGUGCCAUAGGCCCUACAGUUCGUCUCACAUCGGAUGUCAUAAGAAAACUGCUCGGGCUCACAAUCAUGGACCCGAACAACGAAUACAGACUGAGUUCGUGGCUCGCACAGCAGGAAGAUAAGCACAAGGUCGCGUUAUACCAAUGCGAUCCUAGUCUUACCCAAUGGACUCAGAGAUGCAUACGGCAGGCUGAUUGCAUCCUUAUAGUAGCACUGGGCGACAAGCAGCCCAGCAUUGGGAAGAUCGAAAAGGAAAUCGAGCGUCUCGCGAUCCGUACGCAAAAGGAGUUAGUUCUACUCCAUCGCGAGGGCGGUCCGAAUCCCUCAGGCACUGUUCAUUGGCUGAACAUGCGUUCCUGGGUCAGCCAGCAUCACCACGUCAGGUGUCCACAUCGAAUGUUCACUAGGAAGAGCCAGUAUAGGAUUAGUGAGUUAUACAGCAAGGUGCUAAUGUCGGAAGCGAGCGUGCAUUCCGAUUUCUCUCGCCUGGCACGCUGGUUGACUGGCACAUCUGUGGGACUGGUACUGGGCGGGGGUGGGGCACGCGGCGCUGCACAUAUUGGCAUGAUUCGUGCCAUACAGGAGGCCGGCAUACCGAUCGACAUGGUAGGCGGUGUGAGCAUCGGUGCCUUCAUGGGGGCGCUAUGGUGCAUGGAGAGGAACAUCACUACGGUCACACAGAAAGCCAGGGAAUGGUCUAAUAAAAUGACCCAAUGGGGCAAACAACUACUCGACCUCACCUAUCCGGCCACCUCGAUGUUCUCCGGCCGUCAGUUCAACGCCACCAUCCGUUCCACCUUCGGGGAAGUCCAUAUAGAAGAUCUGUGGCUACCUUACUUCACAGUCACUACCGACAUCAGCGCUAGCUGCAUGCGAGUGCAUAGGCACGGUUCGCUAUGGCGUUACAUACGCGCCUCGAUGUCGUUGAGCGGUUACAUGCCGCCGCUGUGCGACCCAGUAGACGGCCACCUCCUAUUGGACGGCGGUUACGUCAACAACCUGCCAGCUGACGUGAUGAGAUCGUUCGGAGCGAAGCAUAUUCUGGCCAUAGACGUGGGGUCUCAGGAUGACGUGGACCUUACAAACUAUGGUGACGACCUGUCUGGCUGGUGGCUCCUGUGGAAGAGAUGGAACCCAUUCACGACACCGGUGAAAGUGCCAAAUCUGCCUGACAUACAGAGUCGACUCGCCUACGUGUCUUGUAACAGGCAACUGGAGGAAGUGAAGAAAUCCGACUACUGCGAGUACAUCCGCCCGCCAAUAGACGCGUACAAGACGCUGCAGUUCGGCUCGUUCGACGAGAUCCGCGAAGUCGGGUACCGUCACGGGGCGGCCUACUUCGAGGGACAGCGACGGGGCGGUGGAGGCGGAGUCAGUGGAGCCGCCGCCGAGGGGCGCAGGCCUGACGCGCAGCCCCAGCUGACCGACUACACGUUCACGGAUCUAGCUCAGAUGGUGUGCUCUGUACGCACUGGUCGUGACGUAGACAAUGAUUCUUCCUCAUCCUCGGACUACGAGGACGACCAACGACACUUCGAGGGCUACGCGUCAGAGCCAAGCGCUGGGAUACUAGAGAUGUCCUCCAGCGUAGAGGAGGGUGCCGCGUGGAUCAGUGACACGGAGCUGGAGGGCUUACGCACUCGUCGAGUGGGCGGCAGUCUCUCGCUAUCCGAAGACGAGAUCGACUCUGAGAGUGAAAUGUACGACCCGCUGAACAAACGCGGCGGCGGCAGGUGAGACCGCACGCAGCACGAUCUGUGCAAGGCCUUGUUCCAAUUCAUACAAUUCGGGAACAGAGACACUUGUAGCGGAGAAUAAUUAAUGAUACAGUUCCAGUGAAACGUGAAUCGAGAAAGCGCUCAUUCAGUGAGUUAAAAAUAGAGAAAAUGCAGAAAAGAAACACCACAUACAUACAGUGAUUCGAGAUCUUAGAAAACGCAAAGUAGGACAGUGUAGUUCGUAAUACCGCGUUAAGUUAUUGCGAUAUAUUAUAUUCAGCGAUGAAAACCGAAGUACUGUCUUAGUUCUACACAGGGACACGUGUAAAAGAAGAUAAUACAGAUGUAGAUUCAGUGACUUUUGAGAAGACAACACGUAAAAGUUCGGCGACAGAGCGUCGAAUUAUAUAGAUAUAGAUUCGGUAAGGUAAAUAUAGAAACUGUACAUUCACUGUUUUAAAAAUAGGGAAAAUUCAAAAUAGUGCAGUAUAUUUCGAAACACCACAUACUUUCAGUGACUCGAGAUUUUUAGAAAACGCAAACUAGGAUAGUAUAUUUUGUAACACCACGUAAUGUUAUUGCGAUAUAUUUAUAUUCAGUGACUACAAAAACACUAUGUUUGGCUACAGAUAUACUUGUAGCGACUAAUUAUACAGAUAUUUUACACAUCCAGUGAGUUAAAAAUCAAGAAAAACGCGAAGUAGGACCAUGAAGAUUGAAAAUACCCGCAAAGUUAAUCACGUCUUAAGUAAGAUGAAUACAAUGAAGUAAGAUGAAAACAAUGAAUAGUAGGAAAUGUUAGGAUAGUUUUACGCAAAAUAGGAAAAUAUCAAAAUAUUGCUCGAUACACUGCAAACGCAAAUAGAUGAAU